AUGGCGCAGGAAAAACCACUCUCAUUAACAUGCUUGCUAUGGGAAACACUGAAUGGUCGUGAGCAUUUGUUGUUCUAUGGUAGACUUAAGAAUUUGCAGGGUGCACCAUUAUCUCAGGCCAUUGAGAAAUCUUUGAAAAAUGUGCGCCUGUUUGCUGGUGGCAUUGCCGAUAAGCUUGUAAGCAAAUACAGUGGUGGCAUGAAACGUCGUCUCAGCGUUGCAAUCUCUCUAAUUGGUGACCCUAAGGUAGUUUAUAUGGAUGAACCAAGCUCAGGGUUGGACCCAGCAUCAAGGAAAGACUUAUGGAAUGCUGUCAAGUCUGCCAAGCAGGACAGGGCCAUAAUUCUCACAACGCAUUCGAUGGAAGAAGCUGAAUUUCUAUGCGAUCGGAUAGGAAUUAUCGCAAACGGUAGCUUGCAAUGCAUCGGGAACUCUAAAGAGCUGAAAGCAAAAUAUGGAGGCUCAUAUGUCCUCACAGUAACAACCGCGACGGGCGAGGCGGAGGAGGAGAUGAGGAGACUGGUCCAGUCCAUCUCCCCUACCAUGAACAUUGUGUACCACAUCUCCGGGACGCAGAAGUUCGAGAUGGCGAAGCCCAUGGAGCAUGCAAAGCGCAGGAUGAACGUUCUUGCCUGGGGCUUGGCUGACACAACGAACGCUGGAGGAUGUCUUCAUCAGAGUUGCCAGGGAGAGUGA